AUGUAUGCAGGUGUUCCUAUGAUUUGUAUUCCUUAUGCAGCUGAUCAAUUCUAUGAUGCAUCUCUUAUUGAACACUUGGGAAUUGGAAUUUAUGUUAAAAAAGACGAGCGUUUUGUAGAAGCAUUGAAAAUUGCUCUCAAAAGUAUUCUGGUUGAUAACUAUGUGUAA